UAUGGGCUGUCAAUCCUUCAAAGAGAACUUGAGGACAGUGACAGGAAGGGUUUUCGUGAACUGCUUAGGAUGGAUGUGGAGGAUUUCAGCUACUUGCUUGGCAAAGUCAGACCAUUUAUCCAAAGAAGGGACACGAAACUGAGAAGAGCAAUCAGUGCAAGAAUGAGGCUGUCACUUACGCUACGAUUCCUUGCUACCGGAGAGACGUUUAGAUCUCUGAGCUUCCAGUACCGGAUCGGCCGUAGUACCAUCAGUGAGAUAGUAAUGGAGACUUGUCAAGCCUUGUAUGAAGUCUUAAAGGAUGAUCAUUUAAAGACUCCCACAACGGAGGCAGAGUGGAGAGAGGUGGCAAUGGGAUUUGAAAACAAAUGGCAAUUUCCUAAUUGCUUAGGAGCCAUAGAUGGAAAGCACAUCUACAUCCAGCCACCUGCUAACUCUGGAAGUACUUACCACAAUUACAAGUCCAGAUUUUCUGUUGUACUCAUGGCAGUAGUCGACGCAGAUUACAGAUUUAUUUACGCAAAUGUUGGCGUACAAGGAAGAGUGUCAGAUGGAGGAAUAUUUGGCCAGUCAGACCUCCGAGCUGCCAUGGACAGAGAUCUGCUGAAUGUCCCACCCCAGAGCCACUACCAGGGAGUAACAUAUCUUUGCCCUAUGCAUUUAUUGGUGAUGAAGCUUUCCCUCUUCGAAUCGACCUGA